AUGAAUUGGAGCUCUCUUCUCAAUAUAGCGCUCGUUUUGGCGCACGCCCUUCCCACCUCAGGGCUUCCAACCCCGGACUCUGAUCUAGUCAUUGAUCAGGAUGAACCCAAGUAUGUUUUUGCUCAUUUCAUGGUCGGAAUUGUCGAAAACUACCAACUCUCCGACUGGAUCGAGGACAUGAAGAUCGCACAAUCCAUCGGCAUCGACGGCUUCGCGCUCAAUUGCGCCAGCAUCGACAAGUACACGCCGACGCAGCUGGCCCUCGCCUACCAAGCCGCCGAGCAAACCAACUUCACCGUCUUCAUCUCCUUCGACUUCGCCUACUGGACCAACGGCGACACCGCCCAGAUCACGGAUUACAUGAAGAAGUACGCGUCGCACCCGGCCCAGACGCAGUACAAGGGCGGUGCGCUGGUGAGUACUUUCGUCGGCGACAGUUUCGACUGGCGCCCCGUCAAGCAGAACACUCCACAUGCGAUCCACGCCGUGCCGCAUCUGCAGGACCCUGCGGGGGUCUCGGAGGAUGCGAGCCGCGGCAGGGACGGAGCGUUCUCGUGGUAUGCUUGGCCGACGGAUGGGGGGAAUAGUAUCAUUCCCGGGCCGAUGACUACGAUUUGGGAUGAUAAGUAUGUGAAGAACCUUCGGGGGGCGACUUAUAUGGCUCCCGUUUCACCAUGGUUCUCAACGCAUUUCAACACCAAAAACUGGGUCUUUAUCUGCGAGAAUCUCCCGACCCUCCGAUGGGAGCAGAUGCUUGCUAUAAAACCCAGCCUGGUCGAGAUUGUCUCAUGGAAUGACUACGGCGAAUCGCACCAUAUCGGCCCCUACUCCGCGCACCACAGCGAUGACGGCUCUUCCCAAUGGGCCGUCGACAUGCCCCACGACGCCUGGCGCGACCUAUACAAGCCAUACAUCGCAGCCUACAAAUCAGGCGCCUCUUCCCCAACAGUCGAUAUCGAGGAGAUCGUCUACUGGUAUCGGCCGACUCCGAAGGGCGUGACCUGCAGCGGGGACAGCCUUGGCGCGCCGAACGGCAUCAGUAUGCUGAGCGAUAGUAUCUUCGUGGCGACUAUGCUGAAGACCCCGGCUACGUUGACGGUGACGAGCGGGUCGAAUGCGCCUGUCAGUGUCGAGGUCCCUGCGGGGAUUGUUACGUCGAGUAUCCCCAUGGGCGUGGGAGAGCAGUCGUUUUCGGUGACGAGGGAUGGGCAGAAGGUCUUGGAUGGGAAGGGUGGGCUGGUUGUGAAGGAUACUUGCAAGUAUUAUAACUUUAACGUUUAUGUGGGGGCUAUUACGAAGUAG